AUGUCGAUCUGGACGCCCUCCCAAACGAGAUUUUUGCUCGUUGUUCUCUACUCCUGGUCUUCUCGUGAGGGUUGCGUUGAGAGCCUUCCGACUGCUGGCGCAGACCCUCACAUCCGUGACGGCUGCGGUAACACAGUACCACGGUAUCUAGCCGACUGCAGUAACAUCAAUAGCGAUGGCUUGACUGAAUCUGGUCUUUACUCUGGCCUUAAUAUUGAGCUUCGUCAUGACGAUCGUCGCAGCUCCGCACCAAGGGAGCUGCUUUACAUGUUCCUCAAGCGCGGCGUUGAUGUCCGGGCGCGUAAUAAUGAGAGGCUUACGGCAACACUGGUCGCACAUGGUUGGAAAAAACUCGAAUGGUCUUACGGCAGUCUGUCGCAUAGAUCUCGACCUAUACGCGCCCAGGAUCAGGCCGACGCUGAGGCCCUAUGA